GCCACCACAGAAUCCGCUACAAUUACAUAUUUACAUCCCAUGAGAAUCGUGAAGAGCCUUAUUGUCAAAUCCAUGAGCAGCAUCAAGCUCAAGGGGCUAGCCCGGUCGUUCUAUAUUCUCCUAUUGAUAAUUCUCCAACUUGAGGCGCUAAUUAACGCCUUCAAGAGCAAAGUGAGGAUCCUAAAGCGAGUCAUUCGAAGAAAAAAGGCGGAUCAUAUCAUCAUUCAGAGUUGAUCUGCUCCAUCGGUCUUGGGCCGUGCUGGGACUUUCUUUUCCCUCCUUCCUUGAAUUAAAGGAAAGAUGGAGCCAGCAUUGGACAAAACCGCCCCUUUCAUACAGUUUAUAGAAAACCU